UCUAAAAAAACGGAAAUUUUUUUCUCGUUUUUCUCCCGUUGAUGAGAAAGAACGAAAAAAAAGAAAGAAAAAAUCCCGUUAAGUUAAAAUCCGAAUAAAAGUCAACGACAAACAACAACAACAACAACAAUAAUCGUCAUCAAGAUUCAUUCGUUCAGUAGAUUAACAUCAUCAUCAUCAUCAUCAACAAACACGAGACAACGGAAGAUGAAAUUUUAACAUAUUCGAUUCUAUUGAAAGAAAAAAGAAAUUCUGUUGUUUUCUGAUCUUUGAUUCAUCAUCAUCAUCAUCAUCAUGAUCUUAUUAUGAAUAAAAUUCAUUGUAGUCGUUGAUGUCAUUUACGAAAAUUCAGAUUGCAAUCACUGCCAUCAUCAUCAUCAUCAUCAUCAUCAUCAUGAAUCAUAUUUGAUAUCUUUUUUCUUCUAAAAUAAUUUGUGUUUCCGAAUUCAACACGCACAGAUCAUCAUCAUUCCCAUUUUUUUUAACACUUCAUCAAUGAUCGAUUACCAUUAUAAAAUUACGGCCAAAUCAUAAUUCAUUUUACCAGUAUUUAUUAAUUGUAUUUAUUAUCGACAAAAAUCGAUUUUGUUUCCAUUUUUUCCAUUUUACAUAUUUAUUUCGAAUUAACCAAUCCUCAUAAUCAUGAAGACAAUCAUUGCAUCACCAUUAUCAUCGACAAUGAUGAAACAACAGCAACAACAACAAUCACCAUCAUCAUCAUCAUCAUCGUUUGUCAAUGAUGAUUAUGAAUAUCUGAUGAAAGAUAUGGAUCUGAUAACCACAUGUCAGGAAGCAUUAGAGGAAAACAGUUAUAAUCAUCAUCAUCAUCAUCAUCAUCAUCAUUCUAGUUCAUCAACACUAGAUUAUCAACAAUCAGAGCUUUCUUUGUCAUCAUCAUCAUCAUCGUGUUUGAAAUUAAAUUCAUUAACAAAUUGCCAACAACAACAAUUACAUUUACAAAUGUCUGCCAAUAAUAAUCAUUGUGAUCAUCAUAUACAACAACAACAACAACAACAAUCGAAUGAUUUUACUUCAAUGCGUUCACCAUCAUCAGCUGCAAGUAGUGGUCUUGGUCUUUCGCUUGAAGAAGAUUUUUCGCUAAAAUAUUGCCAAUCACAACAACAAGUUAUCAUCGAUGAAGAUCUAGUUGAUGAUGAUGAAGCUGAAGAAUUAAUGAUGUCAAUGAAACCGAUAUCGACCACUAUACAUUCAAUGGCCGAUCAAGUGAUCAAUAACAAUAGUCAGAAACAGCCAAAUGGGGAUCAUCAUCAUCAUGAAUCACUAGAUUCAAGUAAAAUGAAAACAAUUGAUGAGCCAUCGAUAACAAUUACAUCAACAUCAUCAUUUCAAAUGUCAAUGUCUAAAACGAAUUUAUGUCUGCUACCGGAAACGAUCGGUGCCGAUUGGAGUGUCAUUUUGGCUCGUCAUGAAGCUUAUCAAAAUGAAUUUGAAAAGAUAACACAUCAAUUUUUCAAAAAUAUUAAUCAAUUAACAAAAUCUGGUGGAAAUAAUAAUAAUACGGCUACUAUUGGAUUGGCCACUAUCAAUGGUGCUGGUGCAGGUGAUGAAUUAUGUUCAUUAUCAUCAACAACAUCAACAAAAACAUCAACCACCCUAUUACGUUCAAUUAAACAACAAAAAGAUCGAUGUCUAAAUCUUUGGCUAAAAUCAUUGGAAUAUUUAACCAUUCUGCAGAAACAUUCAGGCAAACGUUGUCCACGUCAUUAUUUUGUGAACAAUAAAAGCCUAUUGAAUGAAAUCAAUGUUGCAGAUCGAUCGAAGCCAUUAUCAUCAUCAAACAUUGAUACAAAAUCAAAACAACCGGCCUUGAAUCAUUCAUAUCGAAAUAUUUUAUUUGGUCAUCAUCAUAAUGAUAAAAAUGUUAAUAUCAAAUCACCAAAACAAACAGUUCCACCAACACCACCACCACCACCACCUUAUAAUCCUCGUCAUUUAAUUGUUUCGAGCUUUAAUCCGUCCUAUGCUGCCGUUGUUGCCUCAUCAUCAUCACCAAAUUCUUCUUCUGUUGGAUCAAUUAAAAAAGUAGAGCUUAAAUCUAUCGGAACAGGUGGAUCAUCAGUCAUUAUACAGAAUCGUCGUGUUCAGACAAGUACAAGUAUAACUAAAAAUCAAUCACAAAUGGCCAAUAAUAUGAUGGAACAACAAUCAAAAGCAGAUUUAUCAUUAUCAUUAUGUGAUACAAGAGAUAGUUUAGAUGGUGGUAGCGGUUCACCAGGUGCCGAUUCCGGUGUAUUCAGUUCAUCAAUGGAUCAUUCAACAAUAUCAUCAUCAUCAUCAUCAUCGUCAACAUCAGCAGCAGCAGCAACCGGAGCAGCAGCAGUAGCAGUAGUGAAGUAUGAAAUCAUACAGAAAGAUAUCGGAUAUUCGAGUGAUGCAGAUAUGAGCGAUGCAAUUGAGGCUCAACCACAUUCAUCCGAUCAUCAAAGUAGUCAACAGAAAUCAUCAAAAAAACGUCAUGUACGUCGACGACGAACACGAACAAGUAAUCGUAAUCGACCAUGGAGCUAUCAUGCUGAUUGGACUGCAUGGGAUUAUUAUCAGACACCAUUCUUUUGCGAUCAUUUUAGUAAUGAAGAUUUAAAUUAUGAUGAUAAUGAAAACAUUAUACGUAAACUAACGGAAUUUGGUGAAAAUUAUGAAUCAUGGAUUAAUAAUGAAUUGGAUUUAACUGAUACGGAUAUUCGUGAUCAAAAACCGGCUGUUGUAAUUGAAAAACCGGAAAUCGAAGCCUUUGGUGACGAACAACUGCAACAACAACCAAUUGUAAAUGUUAUGGUUGUGGAAAAAGCUGACGCUUGUACUGCUACAUCACCAAUACCAUUUUUGGAUAAAGAAUGUCAAGUUAUUGAUGAACUACUUCAAAUGGGUAACAAUAACAAUGAUGAAAAAGAUGAUGAAAUCUAUGCUAGAAGCGUAACAAAACAAAAUAAAUGCACAGAGACACGUUCGAAACAGAUGAUUGAUUCAUCAUGUGAGCCAAUGUCUUGUCCACCAUCACCAACACCAAAAUCAUCAACGAAUAAAAAAUGUAAAGAUUCAAAAGCAACAAUACCGACAAUCAAAAUCAAACCGAAUCGUUCGAUAAGAAAAUUUGAAAAUAAUAUUGAUGAUAUUAUGGCCAGACGAUCACCAUCACCAUUAAUGAUGAAAAAAUCAUCAAACAUUAUUGGAUCAUCGGUAUCGACUCAAUCAACACAAUCAACAUCGGCCACUAUUACAACUGUUUGUCAAUGUGGCCAUAAUUGCCAAAAUAAUAAUUCUUCACCAUAUUCAUCAAUAAAAUUUUAUACUAGUAUUGCAUUGGCUGGCCUAUUGUCUUUUUUGAUUGCUGUAACACAAUAUUCACCUGAAAUACAUAAAACAUAUCCACGGCCACCACCACUUUGAAUGAAACAAAACAAAACAAAA